CAUAUUCAACCAUUCAUCAAUGUUGGUUAUUGAAGUAGCUAGAAAUCACAUAGGUGGGACUUUGCACCCUAACCUUUUUGUCACUCUUCCCCGCAUUUUCUUUUUUUUUUUUUCUAUUGUUGAGAACAAUUUCAUUGGAGGUAUUCCUGUUACAUUAUAAAAUGCAACAAAUUUGCAGACUUUCGGUGUUAGUGGAAACCUUCUGACUGGAAAAGUUCCUAUCCUUGAGAAGUUGCAAAACCUACAAAGGUUCUUCACCGGAGAAAAUUAUCUUGGGGAAGGGAAUGUUUUUGACUUGAACUUCCUUUCUUCAUUGACCAAUGCAACCAGAUUAGAGGUGUUGUUCCUUGAUGAUAAUACAUUUGGAGGUUUCUUACCUACAUCAUUCACUAACUACUCAAGAAACCUUAAAUUUCUUUCCCUUGAGAACAAUCAGGUUUCUGGAAACAUCGCAAUAGGGAUUUCUAAUCUCAUCAGCUUGCAGACAUUACGAUUGACUUAAAACAAAAUCAGUGGAGAAAUUCCACCUGAGAUUGGAUUCCUUACUAAUCUAAGAGUGUUACGCUUAUCUAGAAACAUUUUUUUUUUUGGAAAAAUUCCGUAUUCAUUAGGAAAUCUAACCCUUUUAUUAGAACUUAGUUUUGGAGGAAACUACCUUCAUGAUAUUAUUCCCACAAGUCUUGGAAAAUGCCAAAACCUAGAGUUGUUAGAUCUUUCUUACAACAACCUUUGUGGUUACAUCCCAAAGGAAGUUUUUAGCCUCUCAUCUUUGUCAAUUAGUUUGGAUCUCUCUUACAACCAGUUGGCAGGUUCCAUUCCAAGGGAGGUUGGAUAUUUGAAAAAUCUAGGCUACUUGGAUUUGUCCUAUAAUUCUUUGUCAAGCCCUAUUCCACUGGAGCUUGGUAAUUGUAUUUCCUUGGAAAUGCUGAAUGUAACGAAUAACAAUCUUGAAGGCCCAAUUCCAUCAACUUUGGAAAAUUUGAGGGCUGUGCAAUUCUUACAACUUUCUCACAACCAUUUGACAGGUCAAAUCCCAACUUUCUUGAAAGAUUUCAAACUUUUACAGAAUUUGAAUCUUUCAUACAAUGAUUUUGAAGGAGCAGUACCAACCACAGGGAUCUUCAACAACACUCGCCCUAUUUCGAUUGCAGCAAAUAAAAAGCUUUGUGGGGGUAUACCUGAGCUGAACCUACCUGAAUGCAACACUACAAAGUCCAAAAAGAAGAAUUCAAAAGGUUAUUUGAAAAUAGUAAUUCCUCUGAUUCUUGGGAUUGCUGGGCUAACUGUUGUAGUGUUUAUUCUCUGUCAUAGAUGGUUAAGAAGACAAAGAAAAGGAUCCUCUCAUAAUUUGAUAGAAAACCCAAUCUUAAGAGUGUCAUAUCAUUCCCACUUCAAGUGCACUAAUGGGUUCUCUGAAGAAAAUUUACUUGGAGUUGGGGGUUUUGGAGCUGUACAUAAAGGAUGUUUUGAUCAUGAUGGAACUACCUAUGCAGUCAAGGUAAUUGAUCUUUUCCGUCAUGGAGCUUCCCGAAGUUUUGUUGCUGAGUGUGAGAUAUUGAAAAACACCAGACACCGCAAUCUUGUCAUGGUGUUAACUGCUUGCUCAGGAUUUGAUCUUCAAGGAAAUGAUUUCAAGGCAUUAGUUUACGAGUACAUGGACAAUCAGAACCUUGAGAACUGGUUGCAUUUUAGCUCCCAGGAGAUUUCCGAGAUUGAAGAGAUAGGAGGUUAAGUUUUUCUCAGAGGUUAAACAUUGUCAUUUAUGUGGCCAGCACUUUGGAUUACCUUCAUAACGAUUGUGAACUUGCAAUAAUCCAUUGUGAUCCCAAGCCAAGCAAUGUUCUCCUUGAUGAAAGCAUGACAGCACAUGUAAGUGAUUUUGGAUUGGCAAGAUUUGUAUAACAAAAGAUUCAAUGUUGUUCAGAAAAUCACAGUUUCAACGGUGUACGGGGAACUAUUGGUUAUGCACCACCUGGUAAGUAUGAGUUAUAUGUAUUAUAAAUGACAUGAAUGCUUAAAAUUUUCUCCUCUUUUUAUAUUUAGAUUUAAAAUUUUCAUUUUUUGAGCAGAAUAUGCCUUUGGAAGCAGGUGAUGUAUAUAGCUUAGGCAUACUAAUGUUGAAAAUGCUCACUAGGAGGAGACCGACAGAUGAAUUGUUCAAAGAUGGCUUAAACCUCCAUAGCUAUGCUAAGGCUGCUUUACCAGACAUAGGAAUGGAGAUUGCACAUCCAAAAAUUGUUCAAGAAAGAGAUGACAAGUUUCAAGUGUGCUUAGUUUCAAUGAUCACAAUAGGGGUUGCUUGUUCUAUGGAAUCUCCAGCAGAUAGAAUGAACAUUCAUGAUGUUGUGAGUGAAUUAAGUAAAGCAAAGAAGUCCAUAGCUUGUAGUCUUGGUUAGGAAAAUAAUGUUGUCAGUUAAAUAAAAUUCUAUGCGUGUCUGUUUCUAUCAAGGAACAAACGCCUAAAGUUCCAUCUCCUCAAUUACUAGAGUACAUUUGGUUGGAAUAAGCUUAGAAUAGGAAUUGUAUUUUGCCCCGUUAAAAUUUUAUU